CUCGAUAUCAAAAGGUUCUUUAUAUAUAUAUAUAAUAUUCCAGAUGUUCCACCACCACCGAUUCGACCCUUCGUCCUCCGGUCAUUUGUGGCCCCGCGCAACUUCAUCGUCUUCAACGAGACAAAAGUCUUCAAUCAGACAAAAGGUUCAUCAUUGCCACCUCCUCCUUUGCGCUUCGAAGGACCUUAUACAUCCUGGCCCUUGCAACACCUGGCGCUUGUGGGUGUGGCACACCUUGCUGGCCUCCGAGGUUUCAUCUGGCACUUCAACUCGAGCUUUUCUUCAACUCCACAAUUGGCAAAGGACUCCUCCUCGUCGAGUGUUUGCAACCUUUCACGAGGACAAACCAUGCGCAUGCAGCUAUGCCAACUCUGCAAGAUCAAGGCCUAUCAUCACUGGCCAUGUGUACCAGAAGUUCUACACACAGUUCGUGCAUGCGCGAUGCACGGUGUGCAAAACUUCAUCGUCCAUCCCGACGCUGUGUCUCCUUUGUGGGACUUUCCUGUGCUGCAACUCCGAGUGCUGUCGCCGCCCACUGGGUGAGAAUGGACAGAUGGUGGGCGAAGUGACACAGCAUGCACAGGUCUGCGGCUUUGGGACCUGCGUCUUCUUGCAGCUCUCCAACUCGCUUGUGCACAUCGUCGCGGAUGGCUUCAUCACCUGUUGGGGCUCGCUAUACCUGGAUGGUCAUGGCGAAGAGGAGUACAACCUCUCCCGUCCACUUCACAUUUCUGAAGUUCGACUGCAUCAGCUUACCCAGCUGAUCCGCGAAGUGAGCUUCGACUUUGAGUCUCGAUUGAAGUGGAAAAAGGUGAUUCUUGUUUGAUCGCUUCUGUCAAUGAACCGGCCGCGGACGGGCGGCAUUUGUACAUAGUUCUGUUCGUGGCAGGUGUGGUUGCAGCAGAUCAAGUUGGGUUGGAC